UCCAGGGAUGUUCGACUGGGUUUAAGCCCAGGCUCUGGCUGAGCACUCAAGGACAUUCACAGAGUUGUCCUUAAGCCACACUUGCAUUGUCUUAGCUGUGUGCUUAGGGUCAUUUUCCUGAUGGAAAGUUCACCUUCUGCCCUGUCCGAGGUCCUGACGAGUCCCCUAUUCCCUGCCACUGAAAAACACCCCCAAAGCAUGAUACUGCCACCACCACACUUUACUGUUGGGAUGGUAUUGUACAGGUGAAGAGCAGUGCCUGGUUUCCUCCAUACAUGAUGCUUGGGAACUGAGGUUCAUCGGGCCAGAGAAUAUUGUUUCUCACAGUCUGAGAGAGUCCUUUAGGUGCUUUUUUGCAAGUUCCAAGUGUGUUUUCAUGUGUCUUCACUGAGAAAAGGCUUGAGUCUUGCCACUCUGCCAUAAGGCCCAGAUAAGUGGAGUGUUGUAGUGAUGUUUGUCCAUCUGUAAAUUUCUCCCAUCUCCAUAAAUGAUCAUGGAGCUUAACCAGAGUGACCAUCAGCUUCUGGGUCACCACUCUAACCAAGGCUCUUCUCUAUUGAUUGCUCAGUUUGGUCAGGAGGCCAGCUCUAGGAAGAGUCCUAGUUGUUCCAAACUUCUUCUGUUAAGGAUUAUGGAGGCUACAUGCUUCUGUGAACCUUCAAUACAGCAGGGUUUUUUUUUUUUUUUUGUAGUCUUCCUCAGAUCUGUGACUUGAUACAAUUCUGUCUUUAAGCACUACAGGCAGUUCCUUUGACCUCAUUGCUUGGUUUUUGCUCUGAUAUGCUUUUUCAGCUGUUAGACCUUUUAUUGAGAGGUGUAUGCCUUUCCAAAUAAUACCCAUUCAAUUGAAUUUGCCACAGGUUAACUCCUGUGUAGUAGUGUAGUAACAUCUACAAGCAAAAUUGUAGUGCUCCCGAGUUAAAUUAUAUAAGUAUCCCAGAAAAGGGUUUGAAUUAAGUUUUUUAUUUUUAAUACAUUUGCAAAGUUAUCACAGAUCUGUUUUUGCUUUGUCAUUAUGGUGUAUGGAGUGUAGAUUAAUGUGAAAGAAAAAAAAAAGUAAUUUUAAAGUAGUUUAACAUAAGGCAGCAACAUAAAAUGUGAAAAAAAAAAAAAAAAAAAUUAAGGGGUUUGAAUACUUUCGCAAGUCACUGUAUAUAUAUCCCUGAUGGGAUCAAUUCAACCCCUAUUCGAAUUUCAACUGCUUGAAACACUGGUUAAACUAAUUUUUAAAUGUAGUGGAUAUUUUUCAUUUACGGUCAUGCAUGCAAAGUUACACCACAUAGUUGUGUUUUAGAAAGGCUUUACAAAUUUUAUUACAACUUUUGUGUUGGGGUCAUAUUGACCCCCCACGGAAAAAAAAAAAAAAAUCAACACUUUGGAAAAACAGCAAAGAGCCCAUAAAAAACCCCCAGAAAACCUUAUUAUAGCUCGUCAAACCCUAAAAUAUGGAAUACAUGAAUUAUUAAGUUUCUCGCAUAUUUUUAUAUUUUUCGUCUCUAGAGGUUUUCUGUUUUUACAUGAAUCUUUAGUGUUUUUCAUAGUGACGAUUUUUGGCAAAGUGCAUCGAAACCAAGAGUCGAUAUUUUCUAGACUUCUUUAUUAAGCAAAACUGUCUGAGUGAGUGUCUUUGUCUAAUGAAUUCAUAGUUCAUCUUUUCAGCUUGUAGAUUUCUGAAUGCCAUUUUGUUCAUGAGUAAUUCUGAAUGAAAGACCCACCCUCCAUCCACCAGACCCACAUAUAAACCUCUACUCUUCACUCACGCGCACACACUAAAGAUGCGCAGACUCGUGAAUACUGUCUUGUGUGCACAGGGUCAGUUGGACUGCAGGUUCUGAACUUGAAUUAUUUUUAAGAGAUCUACAAAUAAUAAGAUAAUGUCUUUCUUCGCAUUAAACUUAAGCAACGCAACUUUGGAGAUGGAAGUCACCGGAGAUGAGCCCCGGAACGAGCGCUUGGCUCAAAUCGAGAUCGCGCUGCUGAGCGUCAUUUUUCUCUCCGCAUCAACUCUGAACUUCGGUCUGCUGCUUGUUCUGUGGAGGAAGAGACAGCAGAUGUCCAGGAUGCGUGUGUUUGUGACCCAUCUCUGCUUGGCGGACCUGGUGGUCGCUUUCUUCCAGGUGUGUCCUCAGCUCAUGUGGGACAUAACAGAUCGUUUCAUCGGUCCUGACCUCGUAUGUCGUUUGGUCAAGUAUCUGCAGAUCGUCGGCAUGUUCGCCUCCACUUACAUGAUAGUUGUGAUGACGGUGGACCGUUAUCAGGCGAUCUGCAACCCCAUGGUGACUUUCCAGAGGAGGCGCGCGCGCUGGAACCUGCCUGUGUGCGUCGCGUGGCUCGUGUCGUUCGUCUUCAGCGUCCCUCAACUGUUUAUUUUCUCCAGGGUUCAAAUCGCCCCGGGUGUCUACGACUGCUGGGCAGAGUUUAUUCAGCCGUGGGGACCUAAAGCGUACGUGACGUGGACGACACUGGUGAUAUUUCUGGUGCCCAUCAUUACUGUGACGGUGUGCCAGGUGCGCAUCUGUCGCGCGCUCCAGAUCAACCUGUACCUGAAGACGCAGCAGCAGCAGCAGCAGGGAGGUGAUGGACACCCGCACUCUUAUUCCUCUAGAGCCAGCAACGUAGUGUUUGUGUCCAAAUCUCGGAUUAAGACCGUGAAGAUGACAGUGGUGAUCGUGCUCGCCUACACCGUGUGCUGGGCUCCGUUCUUCACCGUGCAGCUGUGGUCUGUGUGGGACGCCGAAGCUCCGACUGAGACUGCAACCUUCACCAUCCUCAUGUUGCUGGCCAGCCUGAACAGUGUUGCCAAUCCGUGUAUUUACCUGCUUUUCACUGUGAAGUUCCCCAAACUGUUGGGAACUCUCCUGUGCAUGAAACACACAGACAUGAAGGAGUCACUGCCUGAUGAGGCUACGAUGGUCAGCUCUCUGUAUUUGAGCUUUAAACACUCUGACACACGGUGAAAAAGAAACAACACUACAGACAUGUUCAUUGGAAAAAUAUGUUUUUGGACAUAUUAUUAGUAUUCUUUGAAGUACCAUGGAGUACCAUGUAAAUUGUACAUUAAUAUGGUGUGUUUAGUACCAUAGUACAUAUCAAAGUACUGAAUUACCAUCUGAUACCAUCACUGUACCAUGGUAUUAGCACAGUACAUUUAUGUAAAGAAACAAUGAAACCGGCUAUAGGCGUCUCGUUGUGGAGUCUCCAUGUACUGAAGCAUAUCAAACAGCUUAUGAUGAUCACGAUUCAAUUUUACAUUAAAUUAAUGUUCAACUCCAAUUUUACCCCCGCUUACCUUCCCCUUCUUUCAUAUGUCCCCAAAAUGAUUUUUUCUUCAUAAACGGGUCAGUCACUUACUGAUUUUUUUAUCAUUUAUUUUAUUUAACUGUACAUAGCAAGCCGGAAAAUAAAUUGCUCACAGUGUGUGCUGUAAUCACUAUCAAAAUGAUGUACAAAAUAUAAUGUUCUUUAAAUAUUGAUAAAAACAUCUAUUAGACUAUAAGGUGUAAUGUUAUAAAAAUGCCUGUACAUUCUCACUGUUUUAUGUGUCA